AAAAGCUGCGAGCUCGGCAACCACAUUGAAAGAAUGGGGGUUGGCAUGCUGUCUUUGUUACAAUGAUGAACUAAAGCUGGACGAAACAGUUUCUGCAGGCGAAACUGAACAGAUCUAUCACUGUGGGAAGAACCUAAUUAGGAAACAAGGAGCUGCAACUUGUAGUUGUGAAGGGAACAUCCAAGCAUUUGGAGACGUGGCCUUGGGACCUCGGCAGAGAUGUGCAAGUUCCUGAACGUCCUGCUGGCCACACUGAGCCGCUUGCUGUUCGCUGUGCAUGGCGUUCUGACAGUGUGGCGCGUGGUCACGGUCAAAGGGGAUCCUGUCUACUGGCUCCUGCUGUUGGGCGUCGCUCUCCUGGGUGUAGAGAUGGGGGUCACGUUGAAGUUCACAAGGAGCGGGGAGUGGAAAUGGUUCUCACCAAUGGUGUUUUUGUACCUAAGCACUGCCAUUCCUUCCAUAUGGUAUCUUGAACUCAGCCUGAUGCAGUCCAGGAUGUCAGUCAACACCUCUCUUGGGAGUGAUCCAUACCUGCCUGCCAGCAUACCAAUACCACUGGAGCUGUCACAGCUAGAGCCACAGAAUUGGGUGCUGGGGCUGGAGCAGACCAUGCUGAUCGUGUUGGUUCUUGGCCGCUGGCUCAUGCCGAAGGGAGACUUGUCCCGGGAUCAGCUCUCCCAGCUCCUCAUGGUCUACGUAGGGCUGGGAGCUGACAUCCUGGACAUAUUUGAAAUCUUCAAGGAGAAAGAGGUAGAGAACAACCUCAGCAUUCUUGUCACAGGGCUCAGUCUCUUCACCUGGGCCCUCAUGCAGUUUCCCUUGGUCCUAACCCAAACCAGCCCUUCCCAGUGUCAUCUUGAAGACCCAGACUCCAGGCCAGAUGAGGCGGUGGGCAGUUGCUGUUCCAGUGAGGUCUGGAGUUUGCUGGUCACAGUAGGGAUGCAGGACGGCCCCUUUCUCAUCUACCGGCUAUACCUGAUCGUCCAGGAGGGCGUGCUCAACCAGUCCAUGAUCUUCUUCACCUGCAAGAACAUCCUCAUCGUCCUCAUAGAAAUCUACCGCAUCAUUGUAGUCCAGUGCAGUAAGAUCUCUGUGGGCGUCUCAGUUUUUCACUCCACAUCUUCAAGCAGGGAGGCACGUCAUGACCCGGAGGCAGAGAACUGGGAUCCAGAGCAUCAAAAAUAGAACACAGGUGUAACCCUGGUGUCCUGGCCAAAUUUCUCAUUGGCCGUUGCCAAUCAUGGCCUCCUAAUAAUCCACCUCUAAGA